AUGGAUUAAUCAACUUUGAUUGAUGACUCAGAAUAGUCUUUUGAAUAAUCCAGAAGGGUGGAACCAACCGUGUCUGAUAAAAUGAAAAGAACAGAAUCAAUUGCACUCAAAUAAAAAAUUAUUAAGUAGCUAUUGUGCAUGCAUUAAAGUUAAGUUUCAUUCGAGAUGUGUAACAAAACAAAAUGCCAUUUGAUUCCUUACCCAACGUUGUAUAACAAAAAAUAAGCGAAUUUGAAGAUGAAUUUCAAGACCUAUGGAAAGAGUCAGAUGAAUUUCUGAGGGAAAAUGGAGAGGCCAUUGAAAAACUUGUUAUGAAACCACUUUGUUCUAAGUACUUCGAUUUCUCUUAAUUUCUAGAUUGAUCUCAAUCGAUCCAGUCAAAGAUAGAGAAAUUGAAUUUUCUAUGAAAGCAUAUUCAUUUGUUUAAGCUAAACAUCUUGAAAUCGAUGAAAACAUUGAAAAACAUAAAAUGUUUAACCAAGUAGUUGAUUGUAAUAUAGUGAAUAUAAAUUCUUAGUAAUAUCUAAAAUUGAUAAAGUAGAAACUCCAAGAGAAAAACUAAAUUGUAUUGUUAAUGCAGGCAAACAAACAAGUGGUAAUAUUAAUUACCAUAACUUAGCUAUUGUCAAUCAAAUGGCCAACAAUCAACCAACUGGGGCUGACAACUUGUUACCUGUCUUAAUAUACGCCACUCUCAAGGCCCAACCCUAAAAAGCUUAUUCUAAUAUUUUGUUUGUGAGUUAUUAUCGAUCACCCAAAAGAAUAACUGGAGAAGAUGAAUACUACUUUACUACUUAUGAAUCAACUCUCUAAUUUAUUGAAAAAUUGGAUUAUCACAAAUUAAAUAUCAAUCAUCAAGAAUUUCAAGAUCUAAGCAAAGAACGUCUAGACACUAUCAAAAAUUCAUAAAAUGUAAUCCCAUUUUACCAUAAUAAUCAUAGGAAUUAUCUCAAAAUGGUGUUUUCAAUAUGGAUGCCCAUUAAAAUUAUGUCAAUUUGUAAAUGAUUAAAAUGAAAAUACAGGAUCUUCAACGCAAGUCAAAGUUCUAUGAACAAUCAAAGAAAUAUAAAUUAAAAUUCAACCAGAAAUAGUUAAAUGUAUCAUUUCAUAACUCAAUUUAGAACAUAACCUUGAAUGAAAUCCCAGAAUUUUAUGAAGAAUAUUAGAAUUUAUACAAGAAUCUGAUGGAAAUGCAAAAGGAUAUCCACAACCUUUAUGAUUUGACUAAUGAAAUAAUCAAAGAGAGUUAAAGUGAAACCAAAAAGUAGGCAACUCGAAAAUUCUUUGGGAUUCUUUGAAUAAUUAUAUUAUAUU